AUGGCAGAUCCUAACAAAAACACUCGAGUGCGUAUCUUGGCUAUCACGGACGGGUUGAUUUUGACCGAACUCGGACCUGAGACCUUUCGUGUGGCUGAUCCUGUGUUGAGAGAAUGGAUCAAAAUCCCUCAUCCUCCUCCUUAUUCUUCUCGUCAGGAUGAGUUCCAAGGCACCGCAAUUGUAGCAAACAUGAACAACGUGGGUUACAAGGUAGUCCGGUAUGGAGUCCCUGCCGUAGGGGUGAGAGUAAUGGAAAGAGAUAGGCUUUGCUUUCAGAUCUAUUCAUCUGAUUCGAAAAGCUGGACCUACCGCCACGUCCCUACCCAACGUCCCAUCUCCAGCAUCCUCCCAUCCAAUCCCAUUAAUUUUAAUGGUUAUCUUCAUUGGCUAUGCCGUGCAAGUCAAGUAAUAUUUGCUUAUGAUUUUUAUGGUCCUAGUGAGCUUUGUGUUGUCAUAGAUUUACCUCAGCGCUCAGCUAAGGGGACUCUGAAGCCCCUAUGGCAUGGUGACGAAGCUACUCUCACUAUCUCAUGUGGUCCGCUCAUGUAUAUGAACACUGAUACCAGGAAACCAACCCAGCAGCUUAAAAUUUGGAGACUCAAGAAGUAUACGAGUGGCUCAUCCUCCAAGGAAUCUUGGGAGUUUCUGUGGAACCUAAGGCCUGGCCUUGAACUCUGCCUCGGAUGUGUUCCAGUGGCAAUGCAUCCUUUUGAUAAAGAGAUCGUUUACCUCGUCACCUGCCAAACUAAUUUUUUCUAA